GCUUGAGCUCUUAGAGCUGCUGAGAGGAGCUGAUACAUCAGUGAGCACCCACUGAACGGCCAUCGCUCUGUUACCAGUGCCUGUCUGAAGAGUGCAGCAUGACAGAGCUCCAYGAAGCUGUGGCUUUGGGGGACUAUAACUGGGCAAAAAAGAUUUUGAAGGCAGGGCGCUGUGACCCAAACGAGAAGGAUGUCGACUGGCAUGACAGGACCCCUCUGCACUGGGCUGCUGCCAAAGGGCGGCUGGACCUGGUCAGGCUCCUGGUGGGUCACGGCGCCCGGCCCUGCCUGCGGAGCGAUGUGGGCUGGACCGCGGCUCAUUUCGCUGCCGAGGCGGGGAAACUGCGGGUGCUCCGUGCCCUUCACUCCCUGCACGCUGCCAUGGACGCCGCCGAUCUCUUCGGGGACACUCCCCGGAGGCUCKCGGAGAUCUACGGACACCGCGAGUGCUCCAAGUUCUUGGAAAAAGCAGAGGUGGAGAGCAGGAACUACCGCAAGAGGGCUGCAGCAAGAAAAAUCCCCUUAGAUGAGCGAGAUGAAGAGUGGGAACUCAAGAAAGAAGAGCUUCGGAGAAACCCGCCGUGUUUUUGGGAGAAGUGCACUCAAAAGAAAAGAGGGGGGAAAAAGGGGAAGCAGUAGAGUGCCCUGCCUGUUUGGUGCCUCUGAGCACUUGCAAUGCAGAGCAAAGGCGCUGGCUGACCUCAGGUGAUAUAUGGGUGGAUGGGAGAAGGAGAUGGUUUCAAGGAUGCRUCCUUAGAGAUGUACUGUAAACAAUGUCCUUAACAACUAGAAGUGCUUCAGCAUCUCUGUGUGUUUCUAUGUAUCAAAUAUCAAUAUCUCAAACUAAAAAUAAAACCAA